UCUCCGGAGCCACCGACUAAUGAUUGGUAAGCUCAGGCGCUUUCUUCCGGAAAGGCCCCGGAGGCAGGAACUUGGGAAGGGAGUCGGGGCUCUCUACCGGGCUGGGAGGGGCUUGUGCCUGAGCCCCGGGGUCCCCAUCCGCUGAGGAGAUGGAUGAGGAUGGGCUUCCUCUCAUGGGCUCAGGCAUAGACCUGACCAAGGUGCCAGCUAUUCAGCAGAAAAGAACCGUGGCCUUUCUCAACCAGUUUGUGGUGCACACGGUGCAGUUUCUCAACCGGUUUUCCACAGUCUGUGAGGAGAAACUGGCAGACCUUUCUCUUCGAAUUCAACAAAUCGAAACAACUCUCAAUAUUUUAGAUGCAAAGCUGUCGUCCAUCCCAGGCCUCGAGGACGUCACGGUCGAGGUGUCCCCUGUAGCUGUCACUGCUGUCCCCAGCGGGUCACAUUCCGAGAGCCCUUCAGAGCAGCCGCAGCAGGACAACUUACAAGACUCCGGAGCACAGGAAAGUGGAACUCCAUCAGAAAAUGUCGUCACUGUGGCCAGGGAUCCACGAUAUGCCAGAUAUCUGAAGAUGGUUCAAGUGGGGGUUCCGGUGAUGGCAAUCAGAAACAAAAUGAUAUCCGAAGGGCUGGAUCCAGACCUGCUGGAGAAGCCAGAUGCUCCGGUGCCCAAUGGUGCGACUGAAAAAGCCAUAGAAGAAAGUUCAGACAGUGACUCUUCUUUCAGCGACUGAGUUGAACUGUGGAUGAGGAUCACAAACAUGUGUGGAUGUUUACAGUCUGUGGGAGAGCCUGAACGCCGGCGCUUAGUGACAGCAUCAUCCCGUGGCCACGCACCUACCCCAGCCUUCUUCUGUUAAAAAAAAUAAAGCAUUUAUAAGCUUCCAGUAUUCUUUGUUAACCAAAUAAAAUGCUCUAAUUAAAACCA